UUAGAAAAUGACGGAGCUUUCAUAGUUAUCCCCACAGAGGGAUUCUCGUUGUGGCCAGAAAAAUUCUUUGGAAUCCCUUUCAUUUGAAUCUCUGGUACCCAUUUGCAGAAAAUGCGUGGCUUGGAGAACCAUCAAUAAGAUUCUUUUCCUUUCACUCUUCUCUCUCAUCCUUCUCCUUUAUUGCUUAUUCUAAUAUCUCCUCUACUCUUCUCGUCUAUUCCAAAUGAGGUGAUGAUAAAAUGGUUCAACCAUGGUAAUGUUCUAUCUAUCUGGAUGUAUUAGCCAGUGCCAUCCUUAUCUGGGCGUUAACAGACUCAAUGAUGCUUCUCUGUGCAAGAUUACCCUCGUCAAUUCCUUGACUAAAACCCCAGUCUCUCCUAGCCUUUUACAUGUGCCAUGUAAUAAUGUAGUUCAGAGCUCUGCUCUUUCUUGGAAUGGACAUGGCCUGCUUAGGACUCAUCAAGUAUCGCAACGAGUGGCUUCAAACAGAUGGCUGUGUCAGUCACAUGAUUCUAUUUCACCUGAUGAUGAGUACCGUUCUUCUCGGAAUAUAGCAAUCAGUUUGUUUAGGCGAUACAGGAAUGUCAUUGACCGUGGAGGAGGUGACAACCUAAAAGAGUUCAUCAAUGCUGGGGUAAACGCAUAUGCCCUCGGCUGCACUGAUGAAGGAUUGCGGAAGGAACUGAAUGCUAUGAAAGAAUCUGUUUUUGAAAUUGAAGGACUGCAGAAUUAUGGAGGAAGCACCAGUGUCAAAUCCAAGAUUUUUGCAAAGGAGGUUGAUGAGUGUAUUCUGUGGUUGAGCAUUAUAUUCAUCACUAUCUUGUGUACUCCACAACCAACCAUAGUUAGAUGGUCAUCUACACCUCCAGUAUCAGAUGAAGUACUGCUCCAGUGGAAAGGUUUUUGUGCACUAAUUGCAAAUGCAUAUUAUGUGAAGGGAAUGGCGUGGCUUCCUGUGAAGACUCUUCAGCUGGAGCAAAUGGCAGUUGUUGGACGGGCUGAGGAGCCAUCAGUUGUUGCCAGCCGAAUGCGAUUAGUGUUUAGCACCCUUGAGGUAGUAAGUCCACAGUGGCCAAGAGUGUAGCUUCAUUCUUCAAAAUCAAGAAAAGUGAGUUUUCCUAGGAUCCAUUUGAAAAAUGUAAAAUGAUACAUUUGUUCAGUAAGUCAUUUUCAUUUAUGAUCUUUAAAGGCAAAAUGUCCUUGUGUACUGAAGUACAGUGAGCAGUGAUGCUAAGUGAGGAAGAUGCAGCAGUACAUCUGGGACAUUGUUUAUCUAUAAAUAAAGAAUCAGAAAACGUAUAUGCAAUUAAUAACAA